UCUAACAUUAAUAGGCCAAUUAUUCGAUAAAUAAAUACGAAUAAAUGACAAUUUUAUAGAAAUUCACCAUUAAAACAUUCAAAUAUUGACCAUUAGUCGAGUCGAGGAACCGGUCGACUCGAGAGCAUUUCACCUUAUUUAAAAAAAAUUUCGGUGCCUAUUUUUAACUAUGCCGAAUUUGGCAUACUUCUCCUAUCAGUAAUGGUGUCUUUAACAUACCCAUCGUCCCCUAUUGAAAAUACAUCUUCACUUGACUAAAUUUUCAAACGUAUAAUGUUGAUCACAGCAGAAACGCAUUUUACAGUAUUUUCUAAUAGGCUCAUAAAUUGAUUGUAAAUUUAGUAUAAUUGAUCUGAGUUUUAACCCACAUUUUCAAAAAAUCUAUAAAUUUUGCAAACUUCAACAAUAAAAUUUAAUGACAACUUUUUAUCCUUCGCCCUUUAUAUUGUGAAUUAUAUUAUUUAGAAUAUUUUAUACCAGAGAUUUGCUAACUAAAAAUUUGUUUUUACCAAAGUAAAGCAAAUUUUGCUCACUUAAUUUUAUUUUAAGGCUUAAUUCACCUUACAAAUCUUAUCGCAAAUUUAGUGUGUGGAAUUUGCUGAAAAUUGCUGAAAAUACUUUAUGAAAGCAUCUCAAAUUUUGCCCUCUCUCUUUCUCUUCCUCAUUUUGCCAGAAUUUUCCUCCGCGUGUUUUAAAUUAGAUUCAAUGAUUUCUACAGUGAAUCACCUUCAAUGAAGAGAAGAAUCCAGAAGCCUCGUGAAAAUUUACACUCUCUUUAGCCAUCAUUCGAGUGGAAAUUAUUCUCAUGAGAGAAAAAAAAAGAUAACUAUUCAACAAGAUCAUUCGAGGAUCGUUUUUUUCUCUUGGGGCAUUGCGCAAUCUAAACCGGCGUCUCAAUUUAAGAUGAAAACCCAAAUAGAUUUUGGCAAGAGAUUUCAUGAUAAAACUAAGAAAAGGCGUUUACAGGCUUUAUAACACUUUUCAUUGAGACUCAGGAAGUUUUUCUUCUCAUGUAAAUCUGUAUAAAAGGUCAGAAAUGUUUGGGUGAACUUUGUAUACUAAUUGUACGUAAUGAAGUAACUAUAUGGUUCUAAGAAAUUUAACUUGAGAAUUUUAAAAGAACAGAGGGGCACUUUUAUUGUAAAAAUAUUCCCCUUCAACGAAAAUAUGCGUUGAAAAUAUGAAGGGCGACAAGAAUUUAGUAUGUAUUCUUCUUAAUUAUACAGAAAAGUAAAGGCAAGUGCCGCUGAAGAUUCAAAUUCUUGCUGAACAUUUUUUUAUGUACAGGAUCGUAUACGACUGUGACAAGAAAAUUUCGCAGAGUGCUCCACUAGGAAAAUAAAUAUAAGAAAUUAUUGCAUUGCUCAUAUGUGAUAAUCCUAUUUUUGUUUCAAGUCAGCGUCAAGGAAAAAAUAUCAAAAUAAACAACAUAUAAAAAUUAGUUUUAAAAACGUUACAAUAAAUUCGAAUUGAAAAUUACAUCAGUCAUUAACAAAAUAGAUUUUUUGAUUAAAUUAAGAACAUCGAGUUCACAGAAGACAAAUUGCGAGAGUUGUGUUUAAGAGAUGGUGAGAGAGAAAUUUUCUCUCACAAAAUGUACAUAUUUUCACAUCCAACACACGUGAAUUUUCCGUGUCCAACACCUCAAGAAUAUUUGUAUGGUCGAGUGUCUAAAUAUAACAAAUGGUUUGCAGCAACUAAAAGUUGUCGACUCGCGCAAUUUUCCGCGCAAGUCAAUCGCAAUUUCACACACAACUGAGUCCUAAAUCGCAAAAUAGCCUGGGUUUUCCAUAAGAUCCAUUCGAACGGCUGAGGACUCAUCGAAUCAGUAGAUCGUCAGCCUUGCUCCGGCGCAACAAUCAAACUUUCUCGGGUGAUUCGGUGGUUCGCAGUGACACGUACACAAAGAAAGUUUAACUUUCUAGUCGAGAAAGCUCAAUUGAUCCCCGCGACUUUUUGGAUAUAAAGUGUGGAUACUGUGUGAUCCCCUUGAGAGGAAAUCCGUCUUGUGUCAAAUUCAUCAAAGUGAAAUAAAAGCCCAAGGAGCUUUAUACCGUCAAAAUGUCCACAGCCGUAAAAUCAUCGAAAUAUUCCUACCGAUCGACAGGAGGCGGAAGUGCCGAUGUCAACAUUGAAUACAGUGCUGAUUUAAGUGCUCUCUCUCGCCUUGAGGACAAAAUUCGCCUUCUCCAGGAUGACUUGGAAUCUGAGAGGGAACUUCGUCAGAGGAUUGAGCGUGAAAAGGCCGACCUUAGCGUCCAGGUUAUCGCUAUGUCUGAGCGUCUCGAAGAAGCUGAAGGUGGUGCUGAGAAUCAGUUCGAGAUGAAUCGCAAGCGAGAUGUGGAAAUGACUAAGCUUCGUAAAUUGCUCGAGGAUGUGCACCUGGAAUCGGAAGAGACAGCCCAUUUGCUGAAGAAGAAGCACCAGGAGGUCAUGGCUGACUUCCAGGAACAACUUGACCUGCUGACCAAGGCUAAAGUGAGGGCAGAGAAGGAGAAAUCCAAAUUCCAGUCUGAAGUCUACGAACUACUUUCACAAGUCGAGACCGUAAACAAGGAGAAGAUUCUCGUAGUAAAGCAAGUGGAGAAACUGGAAGUGCACAUAUCGGAAUUGAAUGUUCGCAUUGAAGAGCUCAAUCGCACUGUCUUGGACAUUACGGCCCACAAGACUCGUCUGUCUUCUGAGAAUAUCGAACUGGUUAAGGAGGUGCAGGACCUUAAGGUUAACAUUGAGGCCGUGCAGUACUCCAAGUCCCAAGUCAUCACGCAAUUGGAGGAUGCUCGUCGUCGUCUUGAAGAUGAAGACCGUCGUCGUUCAUCCCUCGAGGCCUCACUCCAUCAAGUCGAAAUCGAGCUUGACAGUGUUAGGCUGCAGUUGGAAGAAGAAUCUGAAGCCCGUUUGGAUCUUGAGCGUCAACUGGUUAAGAUGACCGGUGAAGCUCAGCAAUGGCGUGCCAAGUACGACGCUGAAGCUGCUGCCCGCGCUGAAGAAAUUGAGGAACUUCGCCGCAAGUACACUGCCCGCAUCCAAGAGCAGGAAGAACAUAUCGAAAGCCUACUGGUGAAACUGAACAACCUCGAGAAACAGAAGAGUCGCCUCCAGAGCGAAGUUGAGGUUCUCAUCAUUGAUCUGGAGAAGUCCAAUGCAACUGCCAGGGAGCUUCAGAAGCGCGUUGACACCCUCGAACGCACCACCGUUGAGCUUAAGACCCGUCUCGAUGAGACUGUGCUUCUGUACGAGGGAGCUCAACGCGAUCUUCGUAACAAGCAAGCCGAAAUUACACGUCUGAACCACGAAUUGGACAAGGUUAAGGAGAACAACAACCUCUUGACCCGUGAAAACAAGAAACUAGGAGAUGAACUUCAUGAUGCCCGUGCCACGAUUGCUGACUACACUCGUCGUCUCCACGAAUUUGAGCUCGAGUUGCGUCGCUUGGAGAACGAGCGCGACGAACUCACAGCUGCUUACAAGGAAGCCGAAGCUGGCCGCAAAGCUGAAGAACAGCGUGCUCAGCGUCUUGCAUCUGAGUUCAACUCCUUCCGCCAUGAAGCUGAACGCCGUAUUGCCGAAAAGGACGAAGAGAUCGAAUCUAUUCGCAAGCAGACGGCCAUUGAGAUCGAGCAACUCAAUGCACGCGUUGUUGAAGCUGAAACUAAGCUUAAGACCGAAGUUGCACGCAUCAAGAAGAAGCUCCAGAUCACCAUUACUGAACUGGAGAUGUCUCUGGAUGUUGCCAAUAAGACCAACAUUGACCUCCAGAAGACCAUCAAGAAGCAAUCUCUCCAGCUUACCGAACUCCAGUCCAGCUAUGAGGAGAUGCAACGUCAGUUGCAGCAGACUCUUGACCAGUAUGCCGUUGCUCAGCGUCGUUUGACUUCCUUGACCGCUGAAAUUGACGAAGUGCGUGCCAACUACGAUGUUGCUCUUCGUGGAAAGCGCUCAGCUGAGCUGGCUUGUGAAGAAGCUGGUACUCGCAUCACUGAGUUAAACAACAUCAACGUGAGCCUUGCUUCCACUAAGGCUAAGAUCGAACAGGAACUCCAGGUCAUCGCAAGCGACUACGAGGAAGUCACCAGGGAGCUUCGCGUCAGUGACGAGCGCUACCAGAAAGUUCAGGUAGAGCUUAAGCACACUGUUGAGCUGCUUCAUGAAGAACAGGAGCGCGUUGUGAAGAUCGAGGCCAUUAAGAAGUCCCUUGAAGUGGAAGUUAAGAACCUAUCAAUUCGCCUUGAGGAAGUUGAAACUAACGCCAUUGUGGGCAGCAAGAGAAUUAUUAGCAAACUUGAGGCUCGCAUCAGGGAUCUGGAACUGGAACUGGAAGAGGAGAAACGACGACAUGCCGAAACCAUCAAGAUCCUGAGGAAGAAGGAGCGCACGGUCAAGGAAGUGAUGAUCCAAUGCGAGGAGGACCAAAAGAAUGUUAUCCUUCUGCAGGAGUCUCUGGAAAAGGCCAACAGCAAGAUUGCUAUGUUCAGGCGUCAACUCCAGGAACAGGAGGGUGUUUCUCAACAAUCAGUUACACGUGUCCGUCGCUUCCAACGCGAACUGGAGGCCGCUGAGGAUCGUGCCGAUGUCGCCGAAACCAACUUGAACUUGAUCCGUGCCAAGCAUCGCACCUUUGUUACAACAUCCUCUGUGCCCGGAUCCCAGGUCUACCUCGUCCAGGAGACCAGGACAACCACCGAAUAAGCCAUCUUCAUAACUCUGAUAUCCAUUCGAAUUUACAUCAGACAACACUUUUUUUUUCUUUUGGACAGAGAGCACAUUGAAUUUAAUUUAGUUGUUUUCUGUAUUUUUUCUUUGUCUUUUUAUUUAUUUAUUUUUUGCUACGCGAGAGAGAGAACAAAAAAAUUGCACACAACAUUCCCGGCCAAAAAUGCAGAGAAAGGGGAGAAAAAAUUGGAACAAGAACGAAGGGCAAUCUCCAUCGGAAUAUCAAUUUCAAACUCUUUCGCUUUUUUUUGCAAAUAACGACCAGCGCCAUCUGCCGGGAUCCUCAUUAAAAAAAACAAAACAAACAAACGUCAAAAACAUAACUCUUCUGAAGAGAAAAGAAUCAUUUUAUAAAGUGAAAAUAUGAUAAUAAAAAUGAUAUUUUGAAAAAGUC